AUGCCCGCAAUUCCAUUAAUUGCCUCCUUCCUAGAGCAUGCACUCGUGCAUCGCGCUCCUGCAUCGCCCCCUAACGUGACCGCGACCGGAAGUUCCUCGCAUCUCGAGGUUGUCUGCGCCUGGCCGGUUUCCGGUCAAUAUGGCCCAGGGACCCGAGUCCUAUACUAUGUCUUGAUUGCAGCCUGUGUGGUCGCUCGCAAAGUAGAAUGGAUUCGGAACGCUUGUCUGGCCGCUGUGUUACUGUUCCCCGCUAUUGCGGCUCUUCACGGAAUUGUGCUUGCUGCACUUCAUGUCGACGGCGCGGUGGAUAUGGAUGUCUAUGGGGCGUUCCAGCUGUGCGCAAUCGGCAUCUUAACCGCCCCAGCGACCGUCAGGCUGUCUCGGACCUACUUCAACAACCCCGGUCGUGAUAUCAUCUUUCUCUGGACCGUCCUUCUCCUAGUUGGACUAAUAAGCUUGAUUGUGGAAUUCAUGCGCCUCAAAUCCAGUAUUUGCCCAGGUGAUGACCCGGCAAGCAUUCACUGGGCCUCAACUGGGGGCAAAAAAGGUGGUGUGUUUCAAUAUGGUUCCAACUGUAGCAUUGCCUGUACCCCAGAGAAUGGUCCGGUCUCACCGUUGCGAUUGAAGGCAGCCAACAAUAUCUAUGUGAUUCCAGUGCCUAGUCAGCUGUCAUUCAAUGCUACUACGCUCAUUGCGGCUGCGUGCUGCAUUCCUGCCAUCCUGUCAUUAGUAUCCAUGUGGAUCAAAAUUUUGGAUGAUAACUGGGAGAAGUUCUCAAAUGGAGCACCUAAGCACAAGCCAGAUGAACCCAUUCUGGGAACCAACGGGGCUACCAUCACCCACAUGAAUGGGAUUACCAACAAGAUAAGUAAAUGGCUGGCUCUCAUCGAGAUACCGGUGUUUGCUGCAGCAGUGCUGGCAAUUCUCGUCAAAGGCGAGAUGAACUUCUGGAGUACGCAAAUGCAGCACCAAACAGAGCCUAUACAAAGUAUUGGUCAAUGGGCGCCAAUCGUUGGCACGGUCCUCGCUGUAAUAGGAUCACUAUAUCUCCUUCUCUCCGCAGAUAUGGAAGCCGCGGGAAAGGAAGAUGGACAGCAAGAAGAGACUAUCGUGGGGAAAUGCCCAAAUUGUGACUGUGCUGUUUCCGAUACAGGAAGUAGCUCUCGACGAGAGUCUAGAACAAGUGCCGAGAGACAGGAUCCCGAUAUCGAAAUGACAAACAUACGCCGCCAUACUACCAAUCAAACCGUUGGCACCCAGCCCGAUUUAGGAAGACGAAAGUUUGCCCACUUCCUUAAUGCAGCCAGUGCCAUUAUGACAACCAAAGCCCACAACCAAAUCGAGAAAACGGGGUUUAAACCCGAAGCGAAAACAAAUUACCCGGAGACCCCAGGAGAAAGAUACAAAAACUCAGUUCUCCAAAAGCAGAUAGACGAAUAUAAAAGGAAGCUCAAGGAGGCCCCGGAGUCCGACACGCCGUUCAGUGCCUACCCCAGCUAUCCCGCGGCCAAAAUCCCGUCAAGCUCAUUCAAAUUCACUCCCGAGUGGGGGCAUGUUUGGGACAUCAACCUUGCAGUGUCCUCCUGUGGCCGCGUCUGCGGGGUGGCAACGACAAUUGAACCCGUUAGAUAUAAGGCCGAUCUCACGAAGUAG